AUGGAUGGAUUCACAGAAGCCCUAGGCGAAGAGCCCAAAAUUCCUAAGAAGAAUAGACCCGGUUCGCCGGACAGUCUACAUUCAAGAUCAUCUUCUGGAUCCAAGCACUCCCUGCAGGACCGCCUUUUUACCAAGUUGCUUCAACAGGUUAUCCCCGGAGAUAAUGGCGAUGAAAGUGAAUCAUCGGAGAAGGCUAUUGCCUCUCCCACAAAACCGGCUUUUAGUCUGCCGGUGAUGGCUAAUAACUUCCGUCGCUUUAAUGCAAGAAUCGGAGUGGUAUUCUUAUUCCAGGACCGUGUUGAGCGGCUCCUUACCUGGGAUACUCCAUCUCAUACUAUAUCGCUUCUUUUUGUCUACUCUUUCAUUUGCUUAGAGCCUCAUCUCCUCUUGGUCCUCCCAUUGGUGGUGCUCUUGCUGUUCAUUAUGGUCCCGGCUUUUGUGACUCGUCACCCUCCACCGCCAAACACUUCUACUUCUAGUACCACUCCUUACUAUUCUUAUGAUGGGCCCGCGCUGGCGCCGGCCACGACGAUCAAGCCUGCUCCAGAGACCUCAAAGGACUUUCUCCGAAACAUGCGAGAUCUGCAAAACUGCAUGGCUGAUUUCUCGGAUGUUCACGAUGCAGCUAUCAACGUCAUUGCUCCGUUGACGAAUUUCUCCAACGAAAAGCUCUCAUCUACCCUGUUCCUGGGUUGCACGAUAGCUAUUGUGGUUCUUUUCGUAAGCGCGCAUCUCCUACCACUGCAGCUAGUGCUGCUUCUUGGUGGAAACGCGGCUAUCCUGUCAAUCCACCCAACUGUGGGUCAAUUCUUUGCAGAUCUGAUGCAGGACAUGGCCGGGGAAUCUAUGGAUAUGGAAUUUGACGAAGAGAAAAAAGAUGGCUUUGCUUCAUCAGUACCUUCAGACCCAUCGGAAGCAAUGUCGGCUAUGGAAAGGCUAGCGGAUAUCUCAUUGGAUACAUAUCCUGAAGAGCGAGAGGUUGAAAUCUUCGAAGUACAGCACCGCGCCGCAGGGACUUCCGAGUCUGGCUGGGAAAGUUUCCUCUUUAGUCACGCACCCUACGACCCAUUAUCACCUUCUCGAAUUGCAGGGGAUCGACCGCGUGGUUGCCGAUUCUUUGAGGACGUGCGAGCCCCACCGGGCUGGGCCUGGAAGAGCAAGAAGUGGGAGCUGGAUCUAGAUUGCCGGGAAUGGGUAGUGGAGCGCAUGAUCACCAGCGUUGGAUUUGAGGUUCCAGGUGUGACAGCUGAAGGCAAUGCUAUCGUCGGCGAGGUUGGUGGCUGGGUUUGGGACCUACCGCCAAAUGGCUCACAGGAGUCUGAUGAUGAGAUGUCAUUGGCAUAUGGCGAUUUACCACCCGAUACGCCAACUCCGAAGGAAAAGAAGGGCAAGGCGAAAGUGGACGAUACGCCCAAGCUCCGAGAUUGGGAGGAGGGAACAGCUUCCCACGGGGUAGGCGAAUGGCGACGCCGACGAUGGGUACGAGUCGUGCAACGAGUUAGCCUUCCACCAGCUGGGUCUGUCUCAUACUCGACGCUCAGUAGCCGGACGAAAUAG